AUGAGAGGGCAUCCACGCAGCAACGGGCAUCCCCAGGGAGUAGCCGAGCGCGACACCUCCCGGAAGGAGACACCCCCACGGACUAUCAACCAUAACUCGCAUCGUGUAGAAGAUUUCCACAUUGGGCAUCAUAAGGACACCGAUGAUGACUUUGAAACUAGUCAUGGUAUGGUGCACGAGGCCCUGGACGUGAGCACCAGCGCCGACCCCAUCGAGCUGGCCGGCCUCUUCCAGGGCGACAUCGUCCUCAACAGCCUCGAUGAGCUGGUCGACCUUUCUGCCCCUCUUUCCAUCUUCCAGCAGGACAGUGUUGCGCAGGAUACAAAGAACGCGAUCAUCAACCUGAAGAGGAGAUUGCCCAACGGCGUCAUCCCUUACGUCAUCUCAUCGUCCUACAACAAGAACGACCACCAGAAGACCUGCCUCCGCUUUGUUCCCCGGAUGAUGGAGCGAGACUAAAUCCACAUCAUAAAGGGAGACGGCUGCUCCAGUUACGUCGGCCGAGUGGGCGGCGCGCAAGCAGUGUCUCUGGGUCCCGGGUGCUUCUACGUGGGCAUCGUCAUGCACGAGCUCAUGCACGCUGCCGGGUCCUGGCAAGAGCAGUUACGCGCAGACCUGGACAACUACACCACCAUCAACAUGGCAAACAUCCAGAACGAGAUGGAAUUCAAUUUUCAGAAAUAUUCUUGGAGUACAAUUCAGAGCCUCAGGGUGGACUGCGAUCUCGAAUCCGUGAUGCACUACGGCCCCUACGCCUUCGCCAAGGACCGCUCCAAGCCCACCAUUAUCCCUCGCCAGAUGGGGGCUGAGAUAGGACAGCGACGAUCCCUCUCACCGAAAGAUGUCUUGAAGCUGCAACUUCUAUACAACUGCGCAAACACAACGGAAACUAUCACGACCGAAGUCCCUGUAACUACUGUAGCUCCAGACACCUGUGAAGAUGGAAACAAAUAUUGUGAGACUUGGGCAGCUGCAGGAGAGUGUGAGAGGAACCCGACGUGGAUGACCGUCAGUUGCAGAAAAUCAUGCAAGGAGUGCGGCCAAGAGUGCGGAGACAACAAGUACUGCCGCUACUGGGCGCGCAACGGCCAGUGCACCAAGAACCCGUCGUACAUGGGUCGCUUCUGCAGGAAGUCCUGCGAGAUCUGCCAUAAUGAAGUGACGGAAAUGUGUGACGACCGCAACAGAUACUGCCUCGCCUGGGCCAAGACAGGCUACUGCCGGACUAAUGCAGACUACAUGUUACAUGUUUUGCAAGAUAUCCUGCAUGCAAUGUUAAUCCGACUUAAGAAGCACGACUAA